CGACUAAAACCCUCCCUCCCUCCAGAAAUUUGAUCCGUGUGGCUUCAAGUUUUUUACAGCCGGUUACAUCCCCGACAAAACGCCACAACACAGAGAUCUAAGAAGUUUGACUCAGGCGAAAGGGAGGAAACCUCCACCUGGACCCUCACUAUCCUGUCAGCUGCUGGUCAUGGGGGACAUCCAGAAAGGGAAGAAGGCGUUUGUCCAGAAAUGUUCCCAGUGUCACACAGUGGAAGAGGGGGGACGCCACAAAGUGGGACCCAACCUGUGGGGUCUGUUCGGGAGGAAGACGGGUCAGGCACCCGGCUUCUCCUACACAAAGGCCAAUGUUGAGAAAGGUAUCAUAUGGGACGAGGGAACGCUGAAUGUCUACCUCGAAAACCCGAAGAAGUACAUUCCCGGUACCAAGAUGAUCUUCUCUGGGCUCAGGAAGAAAAGGGACAGAAAUGAUAUUAUAGCCUAUUUAAAAGACUCCACCUCCUAAAAAUACUGUAGAACAAUCAUACAGCUGCAGACAGUGGCAAUACACUGUACCUUUACAGUUUAUUUUUUAUUUCUGGGACUACCUUUUGUUGCCUUACAACUUUGUUUCCACACAUUGUUCACAUGGAGACUGUUUUUAAUUAUCAUUCCUCCAGUCACUUCUCAGUCGGGGCUUCUUAAAGAGGCAGCCUUCCUCUGGGCUUUUCUAAAAGCUGUCGUUUACUAAAAAAAACUAACUGCUACUUGCACAGAAACUAUCUGGUUUCACACACUUCGCAUUUUCGCCACUUUAAAUCCUACUUCUUACCAUUAAUGUAAUGGUAAUUAUUAUAGGGUUAUCUUUUAAGUGUAUUGCUUGUUGGGUCUCUUUCUGUUUAUAAGUGUUUUUUCUACUCGGGUAUAUUUUGAAAAAGUUUUAGUGUUGUGGUCACGAGGUGUAGCUGACCCCAGCUGACUUUGGGCGAGAGGCCGGGGUACACACUAGUCGCCAGUGAAUCGCAGGUCAGAUCAUCUUCUAGUUAACCUAUUAUGUCGCCCCACGUUUGGUCCAGAUUCUGUCAUCCAGUCCACAUACCGCAUGGAAUUAUAGCACUUGGGCAUUCCACUCUUGUUUGCCAGGUCUGGGCCACAAGUAAGACAUAGCAAUAACCGCAUAUCAACCAAAGGUGCCAAAGGUGGCCCCAAUUUGUUUGUGCUAUUUAGGUCAUAUCAACCACAUGGGCCACUUAAGGUUCAUAUCAUGACACCUGGCCAAGAGCACAGCAUGGUAGCAAUAAAUGUCCCACCUUUGUUUUGAGAUAUUUGGGCCACAUUUGCUAUUUUACUACUCUAGGCUCACAUCCACUUUGUCUGGGCCACAAGAAAGCCCCAGUGCUUCAUCGUUGCCUAAAGCUACUCGGCGAAAACCCACGUCAACACUAAGAGAACAAUUAAAACAGCAUUUUAAAUAUAUCCAACUAAAAUUAGGUAAUGGGUCAACUCUGGUACUGUCACCACCUUCAGAAUCCGAUGUGACAUUAGAAAUGUUCCUAGGUAGGAAACUGCUGAAACUUCACCAAGGCCCAAACUGUGGCUCCUGUAAUAGAUGUGUACUAUUUUACACAUACGUGUUGAAAGUCUUUAGUGUGUAUGUUUAAGACACUGUAGAUUUCAAAGCAGAUGUCAGUGUCCUGCAGCUCAUGAACAUUUUUAUUCAGAACUUCAAUGAACGUACAAUGUGAUGUUAAUGUGCAUUUGUAAUUUGUGAUAGGUUUUGGUUAUACUGAAUUUAAAUAAACAUUUAUAGUGAAUGCAAAAAAA